AUGGCAUCAGUAGUCGCGCGGUACAAGCUCGUGUUCCACGUGCCGCCAGCGGCGCUCGACGCCUGCAAGGCAGCCAUCUUCGGCGCGGGCGCCGGCCGCUAUCCCGGGGCGGGCAACUACACCGAGUGCUGCUGGACGACGCUCGGCACGGGCCAGUUCCGGCCCGGCGACGCCGCGAACCCGCACAUCGGCAAGGUUGGCGAGCUCGAGUUCGUCGACGAGGCCCGCGUCGAGACGCUGUGUCUCGGCGAGGACGUCGUGCGGAAGGCCGUUGCUGCACUGAAGAAAGCCCACCCCUACGAGGAGCCGUCCUAUGAGGUCUUCAAGAUAGAAGACUUUUGA